AUGUCGCUCGUGGCAUGGUGCCAAGCCGCGGUCGAGGCGCAACGGCCCCAUGUGUGUGAGAAGGGCACGCUGCGCAUUCACGCCCUGCACAGCUGUCCGCGCCCUGUGUGCUCCUUGUACCCGCUGGCGCAUGUGCACCCGACCGACGCCCGGGCGGACGAGGCCGUGCCCACGUGGCAGGAACACGUCAUCGUGACGGCCGCGUACCGCUCUCAAGACGCCUGGCGUCUCGCGUAUGCGCUCGAGCUGUACGUGUACACGCUGCCUCGUGAGCGUGCUGGGCUUGUGUACGUGUCGAAGCUCGACUCGAGUGGAUACGGCCCACCGACGCCCUCACCGGCGGCCCGCGCCCACUUGCCACCGGCGCGGUCGCUCACGUCGACUCUCACCGCCGCUGCGCUGCACUACUUUCUCGUCCAUGACCACUGGACCACGCCUAUCGACCACAUUUCUUUGCAUGUCCUCGCGCGUGCGCAAAAUGCCUACCUGUUCCCCUCUUCCCACCAGCAUCCCAACAAGCGUGUCCUGUCCGACGCGGCGCUCAUCCGGUGGUGGCAGACGUGCCUCAGUCAUGUGGCUCUCAGCGUACAGGCGCGCGCCUUCUACAUUAUCCCAGGCUACACGCGCCUUGACUCGCACGCUAUCGUGCCCUUGCAUCCUGCCAAAGACAGCGCCGUGUCUCGUGCACAGUGGCAGUAUGGGCAUCCAUACCAUGUGGCUGAUGUGCCGCUGCCCUUACACCCGUGCUCAUGGGAGCACAGGCACGCAGCUACACGUUCCGAGGCCUUGGCCGCACGCGUCGUGCCGACCAUGAUACCCGUGUUUCCCGACGACCCCAAGGGCCGCUUCGUCAACGAACAGGCCGCUACAGCGCACGAGCCAGGCGCGUCGAUGAAGCCCAUCCCCAGGGCUGCAUCGCUUGCGCAUCGCGAAGCCAUGGCUGAGCGCCAAGCUCUCGAGCGCCUCAGUGUAGAUGGGUUUUGGGAGCGCAUGGGUUUCCGCCAAGAGUGCUGCUCAGGCAAUGCCGUCGGCAUUUUUGUCUUGAGCACGACACGGCAGGGCAGCGCGGCACCGUCUCCUCCACCCAAGGCACGCCCCUGCUCACUUCCUCAUCCCAUGCUGGAGGAUCUCCUGCUCAAGCACAUGAUGCAGGAUGCGUGCGUGUGGCACGACCCCUCCGAAGCGGCCACAUGCACACAGCGCCUGUUCGAUGCUAUGGAUCGCGCUAUUCAGCGCAAGGGCGGGGGCGAUGCGGCACCGUACGCCGACGUCACCCUCCCUGCCAUCUCUACAGACGUCCUCGAGCGCGCCCCAACACACCCACCCGCUCACGCCCCUCCCUCCCCCGCCUCCGUGCGCGUCUUGCCUGUCAAAAAAAAGGCGCGUCGUUCGUAG